AUUUUGGCACUUUAGUUAUUACUUACGCUUCAUACACAACUCAUAGACUCAUAGACACAUUGAGACAAACAGAGUUACGUUGCUCUUUUUUCAUCCUUUUUCUCGUUUUGUAUAUAUAUAAUUUUUCGGUGAAUAAUUUUAGCGUCUUGUGUGAUUUUUGUUGUUGGCUGCUGUGAUUGCGAUUGCGAUUGCGAUUCAAUUAAAUAACCAUUUUUGCAUAAUUAACGUAGAGUACCUUACUGCGAAUGGAUCCUAAAACCGACAAACAACUGCUGUACAAUUAAAAUGCAAUCAAAGCUGUGUUCAUGUAGUCAUUAAAGGCUGUCAGCAAAAACACAAAAUACAAAAAAAACCAAAUCAAAUCACCUUAAAGACCAAAAACAAAACAAGGCGCAGACACCAAACAGCAGACAGCAUACAGCAAGCAAACCAACUAAAUUAUGAAAAAAAUCACAAAAUUUAUUAAAAAGUGAAAGUUUUUAGUCAACGACGACGACGACGCCAGCAGCAGCAGAAGCAGCAGCAGCCGUCGCAGCCGCAGCCACAGUCGCAGUCUCAACCUCAGUCUUAGCCUCAGCCGUUUUGCACAAAAAUUACCGAGAGGGAGAAAAGAAAUGCAAAAACAAUCAACAAGUCUGCGAAACAACAAAACAAAACAAAUCCCCAAAAGCACCAAAAGCCCCAAAAGAGCAAAAACCAUCAAGAGUGACAACAACAAUAUACUAAAAGAGAUAGCCAGGGAUAGGCAAGAGCGAUAAAGGUAAGAUAAAGAGAUACAGCCAGAGAGAGAGAGAGAGAGAAGAGAGAGAGAGAGCGGCCGACCAAGAUCCACACUGGGACAUAACGGUCGCCCAUCAAAUUAUUGGUGGAGUGUGGAGGGUAUUAACAGAAAUCGAACUGUGGCGGAUCCGGAUCCCUUUUUUAUGCGUGAAAAUGUUGUAAGCUCCAGCUCAGCCACGGCUAGCAACGCUAGAAACAGGAAUGGCGGCGGGGUGGCCAGGAAGAUCUUCUAUCAGUAUCCCCACCCGCAACAACAUCAUCAGCAGCACCACCACCACCACCAACAACAAAAUUAUUACCACCACCACCAGCAGCAGCAGCUUCAACAUCAACACCAUUAUCACCACCAUCAACAGCAGCAGCAGCAGCAGCAGCAACACCAGCAGCACUACUAUCAUCACCGCAGCUUCUAUUCCCAGAUGCCGAUGCAGAUGCAGAUGCCCCAGACAUCGCAGGUCGCCCCCGCCUGCCCCGUUGCCAAUUGGAGAAACCCAUGUUCCAUUACCGUCAAUCCACCGCCACAGAGGCCCUGGCUGCCACUGGCCAAGCCCAACAAAACGCGACCAGCCUGCAUUUUUACGGUCAUGUGCUACAAUGUCCUCUGCGACAAAUAUGCGACACGGCAAAUGUACGGAUACUGCCCGUCGUGGGCGCUCUGCUGGGAGUACAGGAAAAAGUCGAUUAUUGACGAGAUACGGCAUUACUCGGCGGACAUCAUCAGCCUGCAGGAGAUCGAAACGGAACAGUUCUAUCACUUCUUCCUGCCGGAGCUGAAGAACGAUGGGUACGAGGGUAUCUUCUCCCCCAAAUCCCGAGCCAAGACAAUGUCUGAGCUGGAGCGGAAGUACGUCGACGGAUGUGCGAUAUUUUUUAGGGCCUCCAAGUUCACUCUGAUCAAGGAGCAUCUUAUUGAAUUUAAUCAACUGGCAAUGGCCAAUGCCGAGGGUUCGGACAACAUGCUGAACCGUGUGAUGCCAAAGGAUAACAUUGGGCUGGCGGCUCUGCUGAAGGUGAAGGAGAACGCGUGGGAGCCAAUGUCCGAGGUGACGCAGAUCUCGCAGCCGCUGCUAGUGUGCACGGCGCAUAUCCACUGGGAUCCGGAAUUCUGUGACGUCAAGCUGAUACAAACAAUGAUGCUAUCCAACGAGCUGAAGACGAUCAUUGAUGAGGCGAGCCACAGUUUUAGGCCGGGUCACAAGAACGACUCGAACAGCGUGCAACUGCUGCUGUGCGGCGACUUCAACUCGCUACCCGACUCCGGUGUGGUGGAGUUCCUUGGCAAGGGACGCGUCUCCAUGGACCAUCUGGACUUCAAGGACAUGGGCUACAAGUCGUGCCUGCAGCGAUUGCUGUCGAAUGACACGAACGAGUUCACGCACUCCUUCAAGCUGGCCUCCGCCUACAGUGAGGACAUCAUGCCGCACACCAAUUACACGUUCGACUUCAAGGGGAUCAUCGAUUAUAUCUUCUAUACGAAAACGGGUAUGGUGCCGUUGGGACUACUGGGACCCGUUUCCAAUGACUGGCUGCGAGAGAACAAAGUGGUGGGAUGCCCCCAUCCACACAUACCCUCCGAUCAUUUUCCGCUACUGGUCGAACUGGAGCUGAUGCACACGGCUAGCCAACAGGCGCCUCCCAACGGGUUGAUCAACCGACGGUAGCAAUAGAAUCGACGCGGCAGACCCACAACCAGCCACAGCAACAGCACCACCGCCAUCAUCCCAAGCGGAAGUGGUUCUGGGACUGGGACUGGCACUGGAACUGGGUGUGGAGGUGGUGUAGGAGCUAGUGGAAAUGUUGGAUUAAUGAUCCCAAGCGGCGGUUACAGGGGACGCAGCAGCAGCAGCAGUCAUAGCGGUAGCCAUUGCCUUGCAGCUGCACUUGGGCCGAGAAACAAAUUAAAUAACCUCCAGAUGCCGGCGGAUAAAUAAAUUUCUAGCCUGGAAAGGAUCAAAUGUCAACACCCACUUACCCACAUACCUCCAACCCCCAAAACCGACGUGGCGAUCUGCUCGCAAGAUGAUUCAAUUUUUUAGUUAGAUACGACCUAAAGUUUGAUGUGAACCACAAAAGCUCCCCCUAAAAAACUAAAAACUACCAACUACCAACCACCAUACUCCCCCACUCCACCCAUCAUCCCACCAUCAUCUCCCUUAAGAUCCCGUAAGUUAUAAGAUGACGACGUUGCUAGGGUGACGCCGCUUUGUGCGCUGGAUCGCAAAGUGCGUUGGCCGGAUGCAACUGCAACCAAUUUAUCCGAUCGUAAUCACAAUAAGAAGGAUCAACAUUCAAUUGCUGCCACUUCUCUUCCGCGCUUCUCGUUUUGAUUUUAUCAACUUUACGUUUUCACACAUCGAAUAAAUCCGUAUAUAUAAUACAA